AUGAGCCUGAGUAGUGUCCAUCCUAGCCAGUCCGCAUCCCCAAAUACCUCUACGAGUUUUCUCCCACCGCCUCGCCAAAUUCGCUUCGUCUCGACUGAUGGCCAACCGCACACAAAGAGGAGGCGUAUCAAUGCUGCUUGUCUGACGUGUCGCAAGAGGAAGACGCGAUGCUCAGGCGAGCGGCCUGAGUGUAAAACCUGCACGGAUAACAAACAUGUGUGCUCUGGCUAUGCCGACCGUCCCAGCCGCAGGGACGGCGAGAGACUUGAUGAGGAUGUUGAAGAAGAGGCCGACUCUGGCUCCUCCACGCCCCAAAGGCAAAGCCGAGAUGUGGAAGUCACGACGAAGCUGCGGGCGAGCUCAGAGAAAGAAGCGGACAACAAGCAGAGAGAAGAUGCUGGAGAAAUGAUAAGUCCUUCAAGCAAUCACACUGGCAGCAGCGUGGCCUCUGCGAGAAAUCGGGUCCCCUAUUUUCGAUAUUUUGGGCCGACUGCGAUCGUGCCUGGGUUCAAGCAGAUGGUGGUGCAGGUUAAAGACCAUAGACCAGGCUUGCCUUCGGCCUCUGGAGAAUCUCCAGCGGCGGGACAACAGCUAGAUGGGAACUUUGCUGUUGGCCAUGAUCGCGUGCGCAUUGGGAUACCCUUUUAUGAUGCUACUGAUCCGGAGCAAAAUGCUCCUCUGAUCACUCAUCUUUGCGAAACAUUCUUCACCCAUCUCGGGUGCAACUACCCUUUUCUCCAACGUGACAGAUUUCUUCGAGAUUUGGAGGAGAAGAAAGUGGAUGCGAUCCUGGUCGACGCUGUUUGCGCCGUUGCUGCGCGAUUCUCAGGACACCCGCUUCUUUGCAAAUCCAACGACCCCUCCAUCCCACUGGACGCCGAAGGAAAUGUUAGGAGAGCCUUUCGAGGACAACCCUUUGCUCAAAGAGCCAUGUCAGCAGUGAUAGACACAUUUUCUUGUCCAACUAUGGCUGUUGCUCAAGCCUGUCUCCUCCUUGCCUAUGAGGAGUUUGGCGUAGACCACGACAGUGGUUUAUGGAUGUACCUCGGAACGGCUAUUCGCAUGGCACAGGACCUCGGAAUUCAGAAGCUCGAAGGUCUACAGCUCGAAGGGCGGAUUGGGCCAACUCCAAAGACUGCUAAGCACAGUCAACAAGGUAAGGCGGAGGAGCAGAGGAGAGCUGAACAGCAACAGAAGCUGUCCAGCAAUCUCUGCGAACAGGAGAGUAGCCAACUGGACGACCGAAGGGCCAGCGAACAGGAACGAAUCGAUACCUUCUGGGCCAUCUUCUUUCUGGACCGAGCUGUCUCAUCAGGUGUUGGCCGUCCGGUCACUCUGCGGGACAAGGACAUCGAAAUCUCUUUCCCAUAUCGAGCCGAUGACAAGAUGAUCAAUGGAUUCCCCGAUCCGUUCCCUGCCAUGAUCAAGAUUGUUCACAUGUAUGGACGAGUUGCGGACGUUCUCAACAACAUAAAGGAAGUCAGCCAGGUAACACCAGACGUGUUGAACCGGUUAGCAAUCAUGGAGAGAGAUUUGACAGGCAUAUAUCAACGGUUGUCGCCUAGACUACAUUUCAAUGCCACCAAUUUCCAGCAUUAUGUCAAAGCGGACCAUGGCACCAACUUCAUUCUACUACAUUUCUGGUUUCAUACCUUGAUCGUGCUGCUUCACCAACCGACUCUGCUGCACUCGUUCGAAGGACGCAUCCAACAGUUGUUCCCCGACAGCAGAGAAUUAUCCAUGUCAUCGGCAAAAACCAUCGCGGAUAUCCUAGCGUUUGCAGAGCUGAUUGAUGUAAAGAGCUUCAUUGGUAACCCUUUUACAAGUCAACCGAUGUAUGUUGCGGCGUGCGCUUUUUUGGCUGAAGCUGCUGCUCAUGCCUCUCAGCCGCCGUCUCGAGCGACGUCUCCGCCAUCAAAUGGACAUACGCCUCGGUUGAAACAAGACGUGAUUGCUCAUAGGACGCAUAACACAGUCUCUGCGCGCCAUACACUUCUCGCUACCGCUGCAAAUCAAAACUAUCAGCGGUGUUACAAGGCGCUGAAAACUUUGGAUUCUUACUGGGCUGGUUGUCGCUAUAUCUUGACCGCACUCGACCAAAAGUCGAAAGGCUUGAUGGAUCCACUGCUGUUUACUGCGGAUGAUGUUGACGGAGAAAUGCCGUCAACAGAGCCUUCGUUUACUACUCCCGGCUGGCGACGAAGCACCUCGCUCGCCGCUUCACUAGGAGCAUACGGCAGACUGAGGUCACUCAAGGCACUCUCGGGUGGUGGGCCAAUUUCUCCUUCGAUGGAUCUCAGUAACGCAAUCGGGUGGUCGUUGACGGGAACGGCCAACUCCCUAGCCCCGAACCUUAGCUUCCUGUAUCCGACCGGAGGCGAAACUGCAAAGGCACCACAGGGGGGCUCUUCGGGGAAGGAACAGGACGAGACGACCCAGGGUUCCAUGGCUACGAGAAAAGUCGAAGCGCAGUGGCAGAAUAGGAGUGUCUCCAAUUUUCGGGACACGGCCAUCAAUGAUCGGUUUGGACAAGCCUCUCCCGCCGAAACCUCGACCCCUACCAAUAAAGUGUCAUCUGUGCCUUACGAUCCAGUAUCAACGGCUGAUGCAGAUUUGUUGCUUGGACUUCACUCGCCAUAUACCACCAGUUCGGCUCCCAGACCCGUCCAACUCAGCCAACCUUCGAACGCCUAUGGGUAUUCACAACAAGCGCAACGCUAUGCCGGUUCUUUGAGUCGUCAGCAACCAAUUACUGACGCGCAAAGCCAAGCCUACAGCGACAUGUUGAUCGAAUCACAAGAUAUCGACAUGAGCUCUGGGCAGCAAUUCAACUUUGAUUUUCCAGGGGGCGACAUGAUACCCUGGUUGGAAUAUCUGCCACAGGAUGUUUUGAGUUACUUUACAGAGCCUCAAGCAGGGACAUGA